CUGAAACAGAUUCUCUUUACUUAUUAUUUUGCUAGAUGCUCUUUGACACUCUAUCCUUCUUUUAUAUUUCUUUGGUUUUUGUGAUUUUUAUUUGAAGUAAGUAUAACAUACUUCAUUUGAUUUCUUUCAAUUAAUUUUUCUAUACAUGCAAUAAACUGCAGCUCUUGAAGAGUGAUUGAAUGAAUUAUGUCUUCCUUUAAUCUUUUGUUGCUUCCAAGUUUCCACGCCUGCCCAUGACAACGUUUCAUGUGGAGAAUCAGACGACGAAGCUUGUGUCUGCGAUAUUUAGAGUUUCCGGAGGCGGCGAUACAUGAGGUCGUUACACAGCUCCAAGGUUGGUAGCGACCUUUCCUAUUCCGGAAAGAACAGACCAAGGCCUGAACUUGGCCGGUUUAACUGUUGCCCUUCUUCUUCCAACUUACCCUCCCGCAUAUACCUCCCUCAUUUCCCAACAUCACAUCACAUCACAUCGCAUCGCAUCGCAUGCUAGGAUUUUAGUUAGGAGUUCUUAUCGGCGAAGGAAAAGGAGCUGCGGGGAGGAGAAUGUGAUGUGGCCCGCAAACUAGCUAACUGAACUUAGCUAUUUAUUACGUUACUACGUAAGUCUGGUCUUGUCUGGCGGAUUCAACAACAAGGAGGGAAUAACAUUAACAUAUAUAUAUUUAUUUUACCCGACGUUUAUUGUACUUUACGCUUUGUUUGCUUUCUUUUUCUUUUUACCCUCUUGGACACGAGCCGUUUAUUGCCCGUUUUUUCCGACUGCUGAUAGAGAUAAAUACGGUACUGUGCCCGGCAAAGAUCACCAAACGCACUUCUUAACUUACCACCCACCCCCUGUUCUCGGAGAAACGCACGGAGAGGGCGAAGGGGUGCAAAAUCAAACUCCCCGCGGAAAGAAAGAAAGGAGAGACGAUAGUUUUGUGCACGUUCGACUGUGUUGGGGAGGUAGAUACAUACAUCCAUAUCAUACCACGGCCCGCUAGGGGAACGGCCCGGCUUUUUUGCUGCGGAAACGAAAGGAAGGAGAGAGAGAGAGAGGAAGGGAGAUGUACUGUACAUGAUACCCGACAAGCGUCAUCCACGGAAAAGCAGAUAUAGAAAGGAAGAAGCAGAAAAAGAAUACACCCUCGCGCAGCGUCUUUUCUCCCCUUUAUAUACAUACCUCCUCUUAUGAGCUCGUCAUUGCCGGAUAGAGAGUCGGAUCGGUCUCCACUCCUUGGUGCGGGUGAGCAGGCGUCGUCGGGACACAAUGCCAUUGCCGAUGAUUCCGGAGGGUUGUUCGGUGGUGGUGAUGCGGCGGCAGCAGCAGCAGCAGCAGAUGAUGAUGAUGAUUUCGCGAAGGAAGUUUGCAAGGAUGCUGUGUCGAAGAGUAGCUUGUAUCUCUUUUUGCUUACGUUGAGUAUUGGGGGUUUACAAAUUGUUUGGUCUGUGGAGUUGUCUAGUGGAUCUCCCUACUUACUCUCACUUGGGAUGGAUAAGUCCCUCCUGGCAUUCGUGUGGAUAGCAGGCCCCUUAACAGGAACCCUUGUCCAACCAUACGUCGGCAUCCGCAGCGAUAACUGCAGAAUAUCAUGGGGGAAACGAAAGCCGUUUAUGAUCGGGGGCGGGAUUGCGACGAUCAUAUCCCUACUCGCGCUUGCGUGGACUCGUGAGAUCGUGGGCGGCGUCUUGGGCAUAUUUGGAGUUCCCUUCCGCUCCACGGGGGUCAAAGUAACCUCAAUAGUCGUGGCGACGAUUUUGAUGUAUUGUCUUGAUUUUGCUAUUAAUACGGUGCAAGCGGCUAUCCGAGCUUUCAUAGUCGACAAUGCACCGGCGCAUCAGCAGGAAUCCGCAAAUGCAUGGGCAAGUCGGCUCACUGGCAUUGGCAAUAUCCUGGGAUAUAUCUCUGGCUACCUCGACCUGCCUAAAAUACUCCCGUUUUUUGGAAAGACGCAAUUCCAAGUCCUCUGUGUGAUUGCAUCGCUGUCGCUGGGCAUCACGCUUUUGAUUAGCUGCCUCUACAUCACGGAACGUGAUCCGCGCCUGGAAGGGCCACCAUCGUCAGAUAACCCUGGCGUCGUCGCGUUCUUCAAGCAGGUUUUCCAAUCCAUUCGCAACCUGCCGCCGCAGAUCCGCAAGGUCUGCGAGAUCCAGCUCUUCGCGUGGAUCGGCUGGUUCCCGUUUCUGUUUUAUAUCACCACGUAUAUUGGCCAGUUGUAUGUCAAUCCUAUAUUUGAGGAACACCCCCACUUGUCGCCUGAGGAUAUCGACGAGGCCUGGGUGACGGCUACGCGGGUGGGUACCUUUGCACUACUGGUCUACGCGAUCAUAUCGUUCGCGGCGAGCAUUAUACUGCCGCUCCUUGUCGUACCGACCUAUCGACCAAGUUUGCCAUCGCGGAAAACUGCUGUGGCCCCAGCCGCCCGGCCGCACCCGUAUCGUACGCGCAGAGAAUCUGCGUCAACUAUGUCCAUCACCGCCUCAUCCGUAGCGGCGAUUCCCCAACCACCACCACCUCCCCCUCCACAACUCAGCGAACCGCUCGAAGGAGGAACGGAUAGAGAAACUCCCUCCCUCCUCUCCCGCCUGCAGAUACCGGGCUUCACCCUCCGGCGCGCCUGGCUCAUGUCCCACAUCCUCUUCAGCCUGUGUAUGUUCAGCACGUUUUUCAUCAGCACGCCGCAGGCCGGGACGGUUGUCGUAUCUAUCGUUGGCAUUCCCUGGGCGCUGACGCUUUGGGCGCCGUUUGCGCUUAUAUCGGCUGAGGUGGCGAGGAGUGAUGCGAAGAAACGGAGGCGGAAGUAUCGGUUGCAUCGUGCGAGUCCUGGUAGUAGCGAAUAUCGGGGGUUUUUAGCGGAGCCCAGGGAACAUCGGGCGGCUGGAGGUUCCAGUGGGGAAAAUAGUAGAGAGGGCGUGGAGGAGGUGGACAGCGGGGUUGGUGGAGCCUCCAGUCUGGCCCGUCAGCCCACUGCAUCAACGUCCACGCCGGGUCCCGUUAACACCACGGACAAUAGCAACGACGACAAAGACGACGCCGGGAGCUCUGAUCGCGGCGUUGAGGAUGACGAGGACGCUAUCAUCGACGACGAGGACGACGAUGACGAAAACGACACAACCGACCAAGCGGGCGUGAUCCUCGGCAUCCACAACGUGGCCGUCUCCUGCCCGCAGAUCUUCUCGACGCUGGUGAGCAGUCUUAUCUUCAGCGCGCUGCAGAAGCCGCGCGGGGAGCCGGCGGAUGAUUCUGUGGGCUGGGUGUUGAGGUUUGGGGGGCUAGCGACGAUUGGGGCGGCGGUUGUUACGAAGCGGUUGGCGGAGGGGAGGGGGGGUAGGGGAGGUAGGAGUGGUGGUGGUGGUGGGGCCUGUGUGAGUGAGGGGGUGGUGUGAGUGGUACUUUUCCCUCCUAUGUAUGUUGUAUGGAUUUGUAUACAUUAUAUAGUGCAGAGUGGUUAUCAUUUUUCUCAUUUUUUU